GCUGCCGCUGCCGCCGUCCCGGCGCGCGGCGGCCAUGGGCAGGAAGGAGCGCGAUAAGAAGAAGUCCAAGAAGCGCCAUUACGAGGAGGACGACGAGGAGGACGAUGAGGGCCCCGGCAAGGAGUCGCACGAGGCGGUGCCCUCGGCGGCCGGGAAGCAGGUGGAGGAGAGCGGCGUCCGCGUGGACGAGUACGGCGCCAAGGACUACCGGCCGCACAUGCCGCUCAAGGGCGACCACGCGUCGCGGCCCCUCUGGGUGGCUCCCGAUGGCCAUAUCUUUCUAGAAGCCUUCUCUCCGGUUUACAAGUACGCGCAGGACUUUUUGGUUGCUAUUGCGGAGCCGGUGUGCAGGCCAACGCACAUCCACGAGUACAAGCUGACCGCGUACUCGCUCUAUGCCGCAGUGAGUGUUGGCCUGCAGACGAGUGACAUCACGGAGUAUUUGCAGAAACUGAGCAAAACCGGCGUCCCAGACGGAAUCAUUCAGUUCAUCAAGUUGUGUACCGUCAGCUACGGGAAGGUGAAGCUGGUGCUGAAGCACAACAGGUAUUUUGUGGAAAGUACCCACCCGGAUGUCAUUCAGCAGCUUCUGCAAGACCAAGUUAUUAAAGAAUGUCGCCUGAGAAAUGCUGAGGGUGAAGAAACUGAGCUCAUUACAGAGACAUUUACGAGUAAAUCAGCGAUUUCCAAAUCCAGUGAAGGAGGCCUGGGUCCUUCAACAUCACAAGGAACUGAUGCUCAGAAUAAACCAGAUGUCCCAGCGGAUUUGUUUGAAUUUUAUGAACAAAUGGACAAAGAUGAAGAGGAGGAGGAAGAAACACAGACAGUAUCUUUUGAAGUCAAGCAGGAGAUGAUUGAAGAACUUCAGAAGCGUUGUAUCCAUUUGGAAUACCCCUUGCUGGCAGAAUAUGAUUUCAGAAAUGAUUCGGUGAAUCCUGAUAUUAAUAUAGAUCUGAAACCUACAGCUGUUCUCAGACCCUACCAAGAGAAAAGCCUAAGGAAGAUGUUUGGAAAUGGGCGAGCUAGAUCUGGUGUUAUUGUCUUGCCAUGCGGUGCUGGCAAGUCCCUGGUAGGAGUGACGGCCGCGUGCACUGUGCGCAAGCGCUGCCUGGUGCUCGGCAAUUCUGCGGUGUCUGUGGAGCAGUGGAAAGCCCAGUUCAAGAUGUGGUCCACCAUCGAUGACAGCCAGAUUUGUCGGUUCACUUCGGAUGCCAAAGACAAACCCAUUGGCUGUUCUAUUGCUAUUAGCACGUACUCCAUGUUGGGACACACGACUAAAAGAUCCUGGGAAGCAGAGAGAGUAAUGGAAUGGCUUAAAAGUCAAGAGUGGGGCCUUAUGAUUCUUGAUGAAGUCCAUACUAUCCCUGCAAAAAUGUUCAGACGUGUGCUCACCAUAGUACAAGCUCACUGCAAGCUGGGACUGACUGCCACCCUGGUCAGAGAAGAUGAUAAAAUUGUUGACCUCAACUUCCUGAUUGGACCAAAGCUCUAUGAAGCCAACUGGAUGGAGCUGCAGAACAGUGGCUAUAUUGCUAAAGUGCAGUGUGCUGAGGUUUGGUGCCCAAUGUCACCUGAGUUUUACAGAGAGUACGUAGCUAUCAAGACAAAGAAGCGGAUACUGCUGUAUACCAUGAACCCAAAUAAAUUCAGAGCCUGCCAGUUUCUGAUUAAGUUUCACGAGCGACGGAAUGAUAAAAUCAUUGUAUUUGCUGACAACGUGUUUGCACUGAAGGAAUACGCAAUCAGGCUUGGGAAACCCUACAUAUAUGGUCCUACUGCACAAGGAGAGAGAAUGCAAAUUCUACAGAACUUCAAGCACAAUCCAAAAAUCAACACCAUUUUUAUUUCCAAGGUGGGUGACACAUCCUUUGAUCUGCCAGAAGCCAAUGUCCUGAUUCAGAUUUCGUCCCAUGGUGGGUCUCGAAGACAGGAGGCUCAAAGGCUGGGCCGAGUGCUGAGAGCCAAGAAAGGCAUGGUUGCAGAGGAAUACAAUGCCUUUUUUUAUUCUCUUGUAUCACAAGAUACUCAGGAAAUGGCAUAUUCCACUAAGCGACAGCGAUUUCUUGUAGACCAAGGUUAUAGUUUCAAGGUCAUAACAAAGCUUGCUGGCAUGGAGGAUGAGGAGCUUUCAUUUUCAUCCAAAGAAGAGCAGCAGCAGCUUCUCCAGAAAGUCCUGCAAGCAUCAGACCUGGAUGCUGAGGAGGAAGUAGUAGCUGGAGAAUAUGGUUCAAAGUCAGCUCAGGUGUCCCGCCGCGUGGGCACCAUGAGCUCCAUGUCGGGAGCGGAUGACACGGUUUACAUGGAAUACCAGUCGUCCCGGAGCAAGACUUCGGCGAACAAACACAUCCACCCACUGUUCAAACGCUUCCGGAAAUGAUGGUGGUAAAACUGGAUCCGUGCCUCGCUUUCCAUAACUCAAAAUAUGGAGCUUGAGAUUUUACAUGUCCUUUAAGAGACUUUUUUAGAUGUGUCUAUAUAGCCACGUAUGUACUUAGCAAGGUAUGUGCUUUCGUGGAUGAGUCUGAAAGGGAAAAAGAAAAAGGAACUAAGUCUCCCCACAGGAGAGAGGUUAUGCAGGCACUGAGUCCCGGUUACACCCAUCUGGUUUUCAGAGCAAAUAAUAGAAUUUAUUUUUAUCAGCUGAAGACCACUUUUCAGAAGAAUUCUGUAAAGGUUUUGUAUAUGGAGUUUGUACUGAUGUUUGAAAUAUUAUUUAUCCAAUGACUGUGUAUGCUCGGCCGAAAUAUUGAUGUUUAGAAUGCUUAAAUAAUGGUUUCCUGAGCUGAACAAAUCCUGACAGGAGCACUUUACAUAAGAUUUUUAAUCUGAGAGUUAAUUUAUACUCCUGGUUUAACCUGUCUUAAAAGUCUAACAAAUUGGUUUCAAGUCUUUUGAAGUUUAAGACAAGACAGACAGACUUCUCUUCUAAAGUGAACUCAAGGAAAGCAUUCACCAAUAAAAAUUCGUUCC